AUGGCUCUGAUGAAUGCUUUCAGGGCUGUUACCAACAAGCCUGGAUUGAUCAUCUGGAGAAUCGAGAAAAUGGAUCUAGUGCCGUUGCCUCCGAAUGCCUACGGCAGCUUCUAUGAGGGUGACUGUUACGUUCUCCUCUCAACUCGCCAAUCAGGCAGCGCCCUGUCUUAUGACAUCCACUACUGGAUCGGGAAAAGUUCCUCGAAAGAUGAGCAGGGCUGCGCUGCCAUCUACACCACCCAACUGGAUGAUUACCUUGGAGGGGUCCCUGUGCAGCACCGUGAGGUACAGAGCUACGAGUCUGAGCUUUUCAAGGGCUACUUCAAGCAAGGCGUCAUCUACAAGAAAGGGGGUGUUGCAUCUGGAAUGAACCACGUGGAGACCAAUGUCUACAACGUCAAGCGGCUGCUGCGCGUGAAGGGUAAGAGGAAUGUCACAGCCACAGAGGUGCAAGUGAGCUGGGGCAGCUUUAACGUCGGCGAUGUGUUCUUGCUGGAUCUUGGCAGAGUCAUUGUACAGUGGAAUGGACCACAGAGCAACAAGCAGGAGCGCAUGAAGGCAAUGCUGCUUGCUAAAGAUAUCCGGGAUCGAGAACGCGGGGGCCGGACAGAGAUCGGGGUGGUGGAAGGUGAUGAGGAAGAAGCCAGUCCGGACUUGAUGAAGGUUUUGGAGGGUGAACUUGGAGAGAGGCCGCAGGAACUCAAACAGGCCAUUUCAGACGAAGCAGUAGAGCAGCAGCAGCGAACCAGCAUCUCUCUUUAUCGUGUAUCAGACUCUGAAGGGAAAAUGCAAGUCACAGAAGAAGCCAGACGGCCCCUUGUUCAGGAGAUGCUGAACAAUGAUGACUGCUACAUUCUGGAUCAUGGUGGCAUGAAAAUCUAUGUAUGGAAGGGGAAAGGUGCCACUAAGGUGGAGAAGCAAACAGCCAUGUCUAAGGCCUUGGAAUUCAUGACGAUGCAAGGGUACCCUUACAGCACCAACAUAGAGACUGUGCAUGACGGAGCAGAGUCAGCCAUGUUCAAGCAGCUGUUCCAGAAGUGGACCGUCCGGGACCAGACAGCGGGGCUAGGAAAAACCUUUACUGUUGGCCAGAUUGCUACGGUCAGCCAGGAGAAAUUUGAUACCAGCCUCUUGCACACUAGACCACAGCUGGCAGCCCAGGAGAGGAUGGUGGAUAAUGGGGAAGGAAAAGUUGAGGUCUGGAGGAUCGAGAACCUGGAGCUGGCUCCAGUGGAACAUAAAUGGCAUGGAUUCUUCUACGGUGGAGACUGUUAUUUAGUCCUGUAUACCUACGAGGUCAACAGGAAGCCCCGUUAUAUCCUGUACAUCUGGCAGGGUCGUCAUGCGACUGUGGAUGAACUUGCAGCCUCUGCCUACCAGGCGGUGGAGAUGGAUCAGCAGCUACACGGGGAGCCCGUGCAGGUCCAUGUGAGCAUGGGCAAGGAACCACGCCACUUCUUGGCCAUCUUCAAAGGCAAGCUUGUCAUCUUCGAGGGUGGGACAUCCAGGAGAGGCAGCAGUGAACCAGAACCCCCAGUGAGGCUCUUCCAGAUCCACGGAACCGACAGCUCCAACACAAAAGCGGUGGAAGUUCCGGCUUUCGCCGCGUCCCUCAAUUCCAACGACGUCUUCUUGCUGAAGAUGCAGACAGAUCACUACUUGUGGUAUGGCAAGGGCUCCAGUGGCGAUGAACGGGAAAUGGCCAAGCUGCUUGCUACAACUCUCUGUGAUGGGAUUCAAGAAACUGUAGCGGAAGGACAGGAGCCCACAGGGUUUUGGGAGCUGCUUGGAGGCAAAGCCCUGUAUGCAAGUGAAAAAAGGUUGCUUCAGGUGGUCCCUGAUCAUCCUCCUCGGCUUUUCGAAUGCUCCAACAAAACAGGACGUUUUACAGUUACCGAGAUUACUGACUUUAUCCAAGAUGAUCUCAGUGAAAGUGAUGUUAUGUUGCUGGACACAUGGGACCAGAUCUUCUUAUGGAUUGGCAAAGAAUCCAAUCAGACUGAGAGGAAGGAGGCAUUGCCAACAGCUCAGGAAUAUCUGGAAACCCACCCCAGCGGGAGGGAUGUUGAUACCCCCAUCCUGAUAGUCAAGCAAGGUUUUGAGCCCCCCAACUUCACAGGCUGGUUCUUGGCUUGGGACCCACACCGAUGGAGUGAAGGAAAGACAUAUGAACAGCUGAAGAAGGAACUGGGAGAUGCUGCCAAUAUCAUCAGAAUCACAGAGGAUCUGAAUGAUGCAUCCUUUGGUCCCCAACAUUCAAAAAACAGCACCUGCCUAACCUACCCUCUGGAGGUUCUUUUGAACUGCCCCGAUGAACUGCCUGAAGAUGUGGACCCUGCAAAGAAAGAAAAUUUCCUCUCAGAAGACGACUUCGUGAGAGCCUUUGGAAUGAACAGGGAUGAUUUUGCUGCUCUCCCAACCUGGAAACAGCUCAACCUGAAGAAAGAAAGAGGGCUUUUCUGA